AUGGUACUCAACUUUCCCGUCUUGGAGAUAUUCGCGAGUGGAAAAAACUUGCUUCUUUGUAUACCGUUCUUGUCACCAUCAGAAUGUCCUUACAGAUGUGCUGAAUCUUUGGUGGGAGUGAAGCAGGAACAAUCACCUCAACUUCCUAUCGACAUACACCAUCACUACCACCCACUAAACUCAUCUCUUUUAUUUUACAUUUCUUUUUACGGUGUCGUAACUGAGCUAAAGAAAUCAUCCCUGCUCGAGUUUUACUACCAUCAGAUUCUGUGUAUAUUUGCAGUUCCAGCUUGUGAAUGGAUACCGUUAUCUCCAUUUGUCGGGAAGUUGACGUGA